GCAUGGGAUGGGUGAGUCAGUCACCAUUGAACUUUGACCUCUACAACUUGCAAGGAUCUUGAUUCUUGCUUACGCCUUUCGCCGUGUAAUUUUGCCAAUAAAUACCAAGGCUGUGACCAGAAUCCCAAAGCCAAAGGAAGUUUCACAGCGGGUGAGGCACAGCCGGAGAUGGGAGCAGAACCCUUGCCCGCCAGCAACAACAACAACAACAACGAUAACAAUGACGACGACAACCACAGCAACGGCGGCGAGGCUCCUCUGGUUCUCGGACUACAGCCGUCGGCCCUCAUCGACCACGUGGCGCGCGUCUAUUGGUCCUUGCUCGACCAAAUCCCCGGCGAGCGCGGUGGCUCUAUUCCUGUUGCUUUAGAAGAGCUAGAGCAUUUAUUGAGUGAGGUGAAGACCCAUAUUCUGUCAUCAGCAGAUGAGUCCUCACCCGUUAAAACCAUGGCCGGGGGAAGUGUUGCCAACACCAUUAGAGGGCUGAGUUCAGGGUUUGGAAUCUCCUGUGGGAUUAUUGGUGCCUGUGGUGAUGAUCAACAAGGCCAGCUUUUUGUCACUAACAUGACCUCCCGUGGUGUCAAUCUCUCAAGAAUGAGGAUGAAGAAGGGUCCCACAGCUCAGUGUGUUUGCCUAGUUGAUGAGAUGGGGAACCGCACAAUGCGUCCGUGUCUCUCAAGUGCUGUGAAACUUCAGGCUGAUGAACUGACCAGAGAAGAUUUUAAGGGUUGCAAGUGGUUGUUACUGAGGUACAGUAUUUUUAAUUUGGAAGUGAUUCAAGCGGCCAUACGGAUUGCCAAACAAGAGGGCCUUUUUGUGUCGUUGGAUUUGGCCAGUUUUGAGAUGGUUCGGAACUUUAGAGAACCUCUUUUACAGCUAUUGGAGUCAGGGAAUAUAGACCUGUGCUUUGCCAAUGAGGACGAAGCUACAGAGCUGUUAAGGGGUGAACAAACCGCCGAUCCUGAGGUCGCGCUAGAGUUCCUGGCCAAGCACUGCAAGUGGGCUGUUGUGACUUUAGCUGCUAAUGGGUGCAUUUCGAAGCACGGGAAGGAGGUUGUUCGAGUACCAGCCAUAGGGGAAUCCAAAGCAGUCGACGCCACGGGAGCUGGUGACCUGUUCGCAAGCGGGUUUUUGUACGGCCUUGUGAAGGGGUUAUCACUCGAGGAAUGCUGCAAAGUUGGCUCAUGCAGUGGCGGGUCUGUUAUUCGGUCUCUUGGGGGUGAGGUGACCCCAGAGAAUUGGCACUGGAUGCACAAGCAGAUGCAGAUCAAGGGCCUUCCAGUUCCUGGCACUCGCAGCUCGUAGUUUUUUUAUAAUUCAAUUGUUUUUGUCCAUUGCUUAUUAUAUUUAUCUUUCAAAGCAAGGGGCAGCUAUUGUUGCAUUUUGGGGCUGACUUAACUGAUGCAGAAAGUCUGCUGUUUCUCCACGGGUAGUUGGAAAUUCAGAAAAAAUGAAAAACUGAAAGUUGAGUCGCUAAAAUCUAUAUAGUAGAAUUUUCUUUACCUA